AUGUGGGGUAGAGUUGCUUGGUGGUGGAGGGGUGGAGGUGGAAGGGGUGAGUGUGAGGGUGGAGGUGGAGGCCGGGUAGAGUUCCUUGGAGGUGGUGGUUGGAAUGUAGGAGGUGGAGGCGAGGUAAAGUUCCUAGGUGGUGGUGGUGGUGGGAAUGUAAAAGGUAGAGGUGGGAUAAAGUUCUUAGGUGGUGGAGGUGUGGUAGAGUUUCUAGGUGGUGGAGGUGUUGAAAGUGAACGUGGAGGUGGGGGUGGAGGGGGUGAGGGUGAAGGGGGUGGUGGGGUUAAGAGUGAGGGAGGAGGUAGGGGUGAAAGUGAGGGUGAAGGUGGAGGUGGAGGUCGAGUAGAGUUCUUUAGAGGUGGUGGUGGGAAUGUAAGAGGUGGAGACAAGGUAGAGUUCCUAGGUGGUGGUGGUGGUAGAGGUGAAAGUGGGGGUAGAGGUGGAGAGGGUAAAGGUGAAGGUGAAGGGGGCGGUGGGGGUGAGGGUGAAAAUGGAGGUGUAGGCCGGGUAGAGUUUUUUGGAGGUGGUGGUGGGAAUGUAGGAGGUGGAGAUGAGGUAAAGUUCUUAGGUGGUGGUGGUGGGAAUGUAGGAGGUGGAGGUGGAGGCGAGGUCGAGUUCCUAGGUGGUGGUGGUGGGAAUUUAGGAGGUGGAGGUGGAGGUGAUGUAAAGUUUCUAGGUGGUGGUGGUGUUGAAGGUGAGCUUGGGGAUAAGGGUGGAGGGGGUGAGGUUAAAGAAGGCGGUGGGGGUGAGGGUGAAAAUGGAGGUGGAGGCCGAGUAGAGUUUUUUGGAGGUGGUGGUGGGAAUGUAGGAGGUGAAGUUGGAGGUGGGGUAGAGUUCUUAGGUGGUGGUGGUGGUGGUGGUGGUGGUGGUGGUGAUGGAGGUGAAUGUAAGGGUGGAGGUGGAGGCGAGGUCGAGUUCCUUGGUGGUGGAGGUGUAGCUUUGCAAAAUUUUAUGCUCACAAGAGGACUAUCAACACAUAUAAAUUCAUUGCAAAUGAGUUCACCCAUGCAAUCUUUUUGGUUUUGA